GACCAAUCAGAAUCGACCCUAGAAAUACCGGGUGGAAGAUGUGCUGCUGUUCACGCUGAGCGAAACUAUCUUAUAGCUUUAAAGUUAUUUAUCUGGCGGAGUGCAGAGCAGACCGCCGCGUGGCUGACGUCCCGCUACAGCUAUGGAUGCAGAAGGCUUUGGGGAGCUGCUGCAGCAGGCCGAGCAGCUGGCUGCAGAAACUGAAGCCGUGUCUGAGCUGCCCCACGUUGAAAGGAACCUCCAGGAGAUCCAGCAGGCCGGGGAGAGGCUUCGAUCCCGCACCCUGACCCGUACCUCCCAGGAUGCAGCAGACGUAAAGGCGUCCAUCCUGCUCGGCUCCAGAGGGUUGGACAUCUUUCACAUUUCUCAGAGACUGGAAAGUCUGAGCGCUGCCACCACCUUCGAGCCGCUGGAGCCGGUCAAAGACACCGAUAUACAGGGCUUCCUGAAGAACGAGAGGGACAACGCUCUGCUGUCGGCCAUCGAGGAGUCCCGCCGCCGGACCUUCCUGCUGGCCGAGGAGUACCACCGGGAGUCCAUGCUGGUCCAGUGGGAGCAGGUCAAGCAGCGAGUCCUGCACACUCUGCUGGGCGCUGGAGAAGACGCGCUGGACUUCAGCCAGGAUGUGGAGCCCAGCUUCGUGAGCGAGGCGACGGCGCCGGGCAGGAGCGCCUUGAACAGCGUGGAGGUGGCCUACGGCCGACAGAUCUACGUCUUCAACGAGAAGAUCGUCAACGGACACAUCCAGCCCAACCUGGGAGACCUGUGCGCUUCGGUGGCCGACGGCUUGGAUGACAAGAACGUAUCGGACCUGUGGCUGAUGGUGAAGCAGAUGACGGACGUUCUGCUGGUUCCGGCCAGAGACGCCCUGAAGAGCAGAACCUCGGUGGAGAUGCAGAUGGCCUUCGUGCGUCAGGCGCUCGGCUUCCUCGAGAACAGGUAUAAGAGCUUCACCAUGGGGACGGUGUUCGGGAACCUCCAUCAGGCCCAGCUGGGCGGCGUCCCCGGGACCUACCAGCUGGUGCGCAGCUUCCUCAACAUCAAGCUGCCCGGCCCGCUGCCCGGCAUGCAGGACGGGGAGAUGGAGGGCCAGCCGGUGUGGGCGGUGAUCUACUACUGCCUGCGGUGUGGAGACCUGAACGCAGCCAUGCAGGUGGUGAACAGAGCGCAGCACCAGCUGGGAGACUUCAAGUCCUGGUUCCACGAGUACAUCAACAGCCCCGACAAACGCCUCUCCCCCACCUCGGAGAACAAGCUGCGCCUCCACUACCGCAGAGCCCUGAGGAACAGCGCUGAUCCCUACAAGAGGGCCGUCUACUGCCUGGUGGGCAAAUGUGACGUCAACGACAACCACGGAGAGGUGGCCGACAAGACCGACGACUACCUGUGGCUGAAGCUCAACCAGGUGUGCUUUGAUGACGACGGCAGCAGCUCUCCUCAGGACCGCCUCACGCUGCCGCAGCUACAGAAGCAGCUGCUGGAGGACUACGGUGAGUCCCACUUCUCUGCCAGCCAGCAUCCCUUCCUCUACUUCCAGGUGUUGUUCCUGACGGCUCAGUUCGAGGCCGCCGUGGCGUUCCUGUUCCGCGUGGAGAGGCUGCGCAGCCACGCCGUGCACGUGGCGCUGGUUCUGUACGAGCUGCGGCUGCUGCUCAAGUCAUCGGGCCAAAGCGCCCAGCUGUUGAGUCAGGAGCCCGGAGACCCGCCCAUGGUGCGACGCCUCAACUUCAUCCGCCUGCUCAUGCUCUACACCCGCAAGUUUGAGUCCACGGACCCCCGGGAGGCGCUGCAGUACUUCUACUUCCUGCGCAACGAGAGGGACAGCCAGGGCGAGAACAUGUUCAUGCGCUGCGUCAGCGAGCUGGUCAUCGAGAGCCGAGAGUUCGACAUGCUGCUGGGGAAGCUGGAGAAGGACGGCAGCAGGAAGCCCGGCAUCAUCGAUAAGUUUGCGGGCGACACCAGAACCAUCAUCAGCAAAGUGGCUCUGGAAGCGGAGAACAAAGGCCUGUGUGAGGAGGCGGUGAGGCUCUACGAGCUGGCCAAGAACCCCGAUAAGGUUCUGGAGCUGAUGAACAGGCUGCUGAGCCCCGUCAUCGCUCAGGUCAGCGCGCCUCAGUCCAACAAGGAGAGGCUGAAGAACACGGCGGUGGCCAUCGCUGAGAGGUACCGCUCUCAGGGGACGGCAGCGGAGAAGAGCGUCAACAGUACCUUCUACCUGCUUCUGGACCUGAUGACCUUCUUCGACGAGUACCACGCGGGUCACCUGGACAGAGCGUACGAUGUGAUGGAGCGUCUGAAGCUGCUGCCUCUGAGCCAGGACGCCGUGGAGGAGCGAGUGGCGGCGUUCAGGAACUUCAGCGACGAGGUGCGCCACAACCUGUCUGAAGUGCUGUUGGCCACCAUGAACAUCCUGUUCAGCCAGCAUAAGCGCCUGAAGGGGGCGCCAGCGGGCACGCCAGGACGAUCCCCGAGGAGCGUGGAGGACCGAGGCAUGCAGCUGCGCAGCCAGGCCCGGGCGCUCAUCACCUUCGCCGGCAUGAUUCCCUACAACAUGGCCGGCGACACCAACGCCAGGCUGGUGCAGAUGGAGCUGCUGAUGAACUGAGCCCCACCCAUCCAUCCCACUUCCUUCUCCUUCAUUUUUCCAUAUUUGUACUUUGAAAAUAAAAACGUUUCUGUUGUCUUUUUA